AUGGCUUACAUGAGCAAGUUGUCUCUUAUUGCUCUACUUGUCUUGUUUGCCAUAUCGAGGCAUGCAAUUGCAGGGCGCCAAAUUCCAAUGAAAACCAACCAAAUUCCAGAGAAUACCAAGGAUGUGGACUUGAAACAAUCCAAGUUUCUUUUUAAAUCUCUUCACGAUAAAUAUCAUGACAAUAGCUUCCUUAUUCCAGGCAUCGGCCGGGUGAUGGUGCCACCUGCUUUCAGUGUUCCUUCCUAUGGUCCACACAGGGGCAUUGGAGGCAUUGGAGGCAUUGGAGGCUCUAUUCCAGGCACUGGAGGCUCUAUUCCAGGUGGUGAUGAUGCAUUCAUCCCCGGAGGUGGUUCUGUUCCAGCACCUGCUCAUCCUUGA